UAGAUGGCGCUGCACACCUUUUAGUAAAGGGUACUCUGGCCACUCAUCCACUGAAGAAGAAAAUAAAAUCUGCGGCCGACAGUCAGCCAUCUUAUGGGCUGUGUGUGCAGUGCGCCGGUUCAUCACUGUUGAAUACCUGGAGGUUACAGGUGAACCUCAUCCAGAAUGGGGGAUAUUAAGAAUUUCCUUUAUGCCUGGUGUGGGAAAAAGAAACUCACGCCUAACUAUGAUAUCCGAGCUGCUGGAAACAAAAACAGACAGAAGUUCAUGUGUGAGGUUCGUGUGGAAGGUUUCAGCUACACUGGAAUGGGAAAUUCCACUAACAAGAAGGAUGCCCAAGCCAACGCUGCCCGUGACUUCAUCAAUUACCUUGUCCGUGUUGGGCAAGUCAACCCCUCUGAGGUUCCUGCUUUAGGGCAGGCAAGUGUACCUGAGGCUGACGUAGCUGACAGCGGUGGGGGAUUUGGCUCACUUCCUGAAAAUGGCCCUGUUCCUCCACACUUGAUGGUGAAAGCUGAGCAAGAGAGUGCUGAUAGUGAGUCCAGCUCUGGGCCUGUUCCAGGAGUCACCGGAUUGGGUUACUCUGGCUUCCCCGGUGCCCAGUGGGACCGUGGGGCCAACCUUAAGGACUAUUAUUCAAAGAAAGAAGAGCAGGAGGCACAGGCAACCUUGGAGUCUGAAGAGGUUGAUUUAAAUGCUGGUCUUCAUGGGAACUGGACUUUGGAGAAUGCAAAAGCUCGCCUGAACCAGUUCUUCCAGAAGGAGAGGAACCAGACCGAUUACAAGUACAGCCAAGUUGGGCCUGAACACAACAGGAGUUUUAUUGCCGAAAUGAGUAUUUUUGUAAGACAGCUCGGUAGAAAGAUCUUUGCCCGUGAACACGGCUCCAACAAGAAGCUGGCCGCGCAGUCCUGCGCCCUGUCCACCGUGCGCCAGCUGUACCAUCUCGGGGUGAUCGAGGCCUACACGGGCCUGACCAAGAAGAAGGAAGGAGAGACCCUGGAGGCGUUCGAGGUGAACGUGGCCCAGGACUUGAAGCAGCAGCUGCUGAGCGUGACCCAGGAGCUGGGGAUUAGUGUUCCUCCUGUUGAUCCCAGCGGCCCUGUAUCUCUGGUCCAGCCAAAGAUGGCCCACUUUGAGCCGUCGCAGAAGCAGAGCAUUGAUGGGGUGGUGCCCUGGUCCCCCCCACAGGUCAACUGGAACCCUUGGACAAGUGCCAACAUCGACGAGGGCCCUCUGGCCUUUUGCACUCCAGAACAGAUCAGUUCAGACCUCCAGAAUGAACUGAUGUAUCAAAUGAAAGAGGAUCAGAAUCUGCAAAAGAUCAUAGAGGACCGUGAUCAGCUGCCAGUGAAGAAGUUUGAGGAUGAAAUCCUGAGGGCCAUAGGCAGCAGCCCGGUGGUGAUCAUCCGCGGUGCCACGGGCUGCGGCAAGACCACCCAGGUGCCGCAGUACAUCCUGGACCAGUUCAUCACCACCGGGAGGGCCUCCGACUGCAACAUCGUCGUCACCCAGCCGCGGCGCAUCAGCGCGGUGUCGGUGGCGGAGCGCGUGGCCUACGAGAGGGGCGAGGAGGUGGGGAAGUGCUGCGGGUACAGCGUGCGCUUCGAGUCGGUCCUGCCCCGCCCGCACGCCAGCGUGCUCUUCUGCACCGUGGGCGUUCUUCUGAGGAAGUUGGAAUCUGGCAUCCGGGGAAUUAGCCACGUGAUCGUGGAUGAAAUCCACGAGAGAGACAUCAACACGGACUUCCUCAUGGUGGUGCUGCGAGACGUGGUCCAGGCCUACCCGGAGGUGCGCGUCAUCCUCAUGUCGGCCACCAUCGACACCAGCAUGUUCCGCGAGUACUUCUUCAACUGCCCCGUGAUCGAGGUGUUCGGCCGCACCUUCCCCGUGCAGGAGUACUUCCUGGAGGACUGCAUUCAGAUGACCAAGUUCACUCCUCCCCCCAUGGAGAAGAAGAGAAAGGACAAGGAAGAAGAGGGGGAAGGAGGAGACGAGGAGACUAACUGUAACACCAUUUGCGGGCCUGAGUACGGCCCUCAGACCAAGAGCACUAUGGGGCAGAUGAAUGAGAAGGAGACGUCCUUCGAGCUGAUCGAGGCGCUGCUCAAGUACAUCGAGACGCUGGGGGUCCCCGGGGCCGUGCUGGUGUUCCUGCCCGGCUGGAACCUCAUCUACUCCAUGCAGAAGCACCUGGAGAUGAACCCUCACUUCAGCAGCCAUCGGUACAAAGUUCUUCCACUUCAUUCCCAAAUUCCCAGAGAAGAGCAGCGCAGGGUCUUUGAAAGCUUGCCAGAGAACAUGACUAAAGUUAUCCUGUCAACCAAUAUUGCUGAGACAAGUAUUACCAUCAACGAUGUUGUUUAUGUCAUUGACUCUUGCAAGCAGAAGGUCAAGCUUUUCACGUCUCAUAACAACAUGACAAACUACGCCACUGUCUGGGCGUCCAAGACCAACCUGGAGCAGAGGAAGGGUCGGGCGGGCAGGGUGCGGCCUGGAUUCUGCUUCCACCUGUGCAGCCGGGCCCGCUUCGACAAGCUGGAGACCCACAUGACGCCGGAGAUCUUCCGCACCCCCCUGCACGAGAUCGCGCUGAGCAUCAAGCUACUGCGCCUGGGUGCCAUCGGCCACUUCCUGUCCAAAGCCAUCGAGCCGCCGCCGCUGGACGCCGUCAUCGAGGCCGAGCACACGCUGAGAGAUCUGGAUGCGCUGGACUCCAGUGAUGAGUUGACUCCUCUGGGCCGAAUCCUAGCCAAGCUGCCCAUCGAACCCCGGCUCGGCAAGAUGAUGAUUAUGGGCUGCACUUUCAAUGUUGGGGACGCCAUGUGCACCAUCUCCGCCGCCUCCUGCUUCCCCGAGCCCUUUCUCAACGAGGGCAGGCGCCUGGGCUUCGUCCACAGGAACUUCGCAGGGUCGCGGUUCUCCGACCACGUGGCUCUCCUCUCAGUCUUCCAGGCCUGGGACGAUGCACGAAUGGGAGGUGAAGAUUCAGAAAUCUCAUUCUGCGAGCACAAGCGUCUCAACAUGUCCACCCUGCGCAUGACCUGGGAGGCCAAAGUCCAGCUCAAAGACAUUCUCAUCAACUCCGGCUUCCCCGAAGAAUGCCUGAUGACGCAAAUGUUCAACAACGUCGGGCCGGAUAACAACCUGGACGUGGUGAUCUCUCUCCUGGCCUUCGGCUCCUACCCCAACGUGUGCUACCACAAGGAGAAGAGGAAGAUCCUCACCACGGAGGGCCGCAACGCCCUCAUCCACAAGUCCUCCGUCAACUGCCCCUUCAGCAGCCAUGACAUGAAGUACCCGUCGCCGUUCUUUGUGUUUGGGGAGAAGAUCCGGACUCGAGCCGUCUCUGCUAAAGGAAUGACCUUGGUCAGCCCCCUGCAGCUGCUGCUUUUUGCUACAAAGAAAAUCAUGUCAGACGGUGAAAUUGUUACACUGGAUGACUGGAUCAAACUGAAGAUUGACCACGAUGUGGCAGGCUGCAUAGCUGGCCUAAGAGCCGGAAUGGAGGCUCUAGUGGUGGAGGUGACUAAAGACCCAGAGUACAUCCGUCAGAUGGACCCUUUGAACGAGCGCAUGCUCAAUGUCAUCCGCCUCAUCUCCAAACCCUCUGCAGCCGGCCUGAACCUGAUGGUCAACAACCCGCGGUUUGGAGACGGUCCACGGCCUCCCAAAAUGCCGAGGUUUGAUGGGGGAGGCGGAGGGUUCCAGGGGCGGGGAGGCUAUCGUGGUGGAGGCGGCCUGGGGUACCAAGGAGGAGGAGGAGGAUACAGGGGAGGUGGUGGGGGAGGCUACAGAGGAGGCGGUGGGGGAGGUUACAGGGGAGGUGGUGGGGGAGGCUACAGGGGAGGUGGUGGAGGAGGUUACAGGGGAGGUGGAGGGGGUGGUUACAGGGGAGGUGGAGGCUUUGGGGGGGGCGGUGGUUAUGGAGGUGGAGGCAGGGGUGGGUAUGGAGGUGGGGGCAGGGGCGGUUAUGGAGGUGGAGACAGAGGUGGAUUUUAGUUUUAAAAAAGAAAAAAACAGUAGGGUUUUUCACGAAGUAUGUCUUGCCAUUCGUCAUGAUUUAAUAAAUAUUUUAGAUGUUCAGUAUUUGUUUAUUUUUGAUUCAGGGGUAUAAGGGCAACUGAAACUGAUGGCAAAAAGUACUCCUAAUUUGACCCGUUAAAAGGAACAAGGUUCAGUAAAUCGGGGCUUAAAUUGAAAAUGUAAAAAUUACUUGCCUUUAAACCAAAGUUGUGCGUUUUUGCAAUUAAUGUGGUAUCCCUUUUUUGAAGACUUGUGUUACUGAAGUUUGGCUAAAUAUGAAUAUGUGUAGAUGUAUAAUAAACAAAUGUCAUUUGUA